AGGUUAAUUACCCGCACCGCCAUGUAUUGACUGUGAGUGUGCAGAAGAAGAAAGAACGCAGCGAAGUGGGGGGAGAGAGAGAUGGUAAACAGGGGUUUGCACUCGCACCCCUCACACGGCUCCAGCAGCUUGUUGGCGUCAAGAUUCCGAGCAAGGAAACUGUGCGGCAGCGCCAUCACUUUCUACACUUUCUUCAUUUUCGCCUUCUCCUUCUUCCUCUUCCUCUUCUACCUCAGGCAUUUCGUCCCCGACGAACACCAACAUCACCUUCCUCACCCUCACCCUCACCCUCACCCUCACUCCCAAUCCCAAUCGAGAUCUAGAUCGAGAUCUCCCCAGGAGUCAAGCAAGUACCAGUACCAGGAGCAACUUUGGGAUUCUCCUUUCAGCCAUGCCUUGCACAGCUGUCUCAAGCCAACUGCUAAAUAUAAAGGUUCCCAAGGAUUUGAUGGCUAUCUCACCGUGAGAAGCAAUGGUGGACUAAAUCAAAUGCGAACUGGUAUAUCAGACAUGGUAGCUGUGGCACAUAUAAUGAAUGCAACUUUAGUCAUCCCUCAAUUGGAUAAACGUUCGUUCUGGCAAGACUCAAGUGUAUUUUCAGAUGUAUUUGAUGAGGAUCAUUUCAUUGAUUCCCUGAAAAGAGAUAUCAGAAUUGUCAAGGAACUUCCCAAGAAUCUGGAAGCUGGCCCCCGGGCCAGAAAACACUUUACUUCCUGGUCUGGUGUGGGUUACUAUGAAGAGAUGAAAAGGUUAUGGAAUGAGUAUCAGGUGAUACAUGUUGCAAAAUCUGAUUCUCGUCUUGCAAACAAUGAUCUUCCUUUGGAUAUCCAGAGGUUGAGAUGCCGUGCAAUGUACCAGGCACUUCGGUUCUCUCUUCCCAUUGAAGAUUUAGGAAAGAGGUUGGUGGAUCGACUAAGAUCACGCGGGGGAAGAUAUAUUGCUCUUCAUCUGAGAUAUGAGAAAGACAUGCUGUCUUUUACUGGUUGUACGUAUGGUCUGACAGAUGCAGAGUCUGAAGAGCUGAGAGUUUUGAGGGAGAAUACAAAUUAUUGGAAAGUAAAGAAGAUCAAUUCAACGGAACAGAGAAUUGGAGGAUUUUGUCCAUUGACACCCAAGGAGGUGGGUGUUUUUCUACAAGCUCUUGGCUUCCCCCCUUCAACACCAAUAUACAUUGCAGCUGGGGAGAUCUAUGGUGGUAACACUCAUCUUGCAGAGCUAUCGUCCCGCUUCCCCAAUUUAGUCUUUAAGGAAUCCCUUGCGACACCUGAAGAGCUGAAAGCUUUCACCAAUCAUGCAUCUCAGACUGCUGCACUGGACUACAUAAUCUGUGUAGAGAGUGAUGUAUUUGUUCCAUCACAUGCAGGAGGAAGACAAUCAAUCCAGACAGGAAAGGACUCGUUGAAAUUUUUGAUAAGCUGGAGACUGGAGAGCUAAAAGAAGGAGCAGAAUUAGCACAUCUUGUGCAGCAGAUGCACAAGAACAGGCAAGGAGCUCCAAGGAGAAGGUUAGGUUCCCCGGCAGGAAUUAAGGGACGAGCACGUUUUAGGACUGAAGAGUCCUUUUAUGAAAAUCCAUACCCCGAGUGUAUUUGUGGUUCUAGAAGCAAACUGGAAAUUACAUGAAUGAAUACGAAAUCAUACUUUAAUAGUUUAAUGUCAGUAUAGAAUUUUUGUAGGAAACAGUUAUUUUGUACAUUCCUUUUCUUUAUUGACUCUGUAAUUACCAAUUACCAAUUUUCUGAUACGCUUAGUCUGCUUGGCAAUUUAGCAGUGUUCUAACAAUUCAACUUAAUUCUUAACAAACUCAGGAUUGUUGUGAUAAGAACGAGCAAUGUGGAUGCCCAUUCCUAUGUAAAACUCAUAUUUUUAAAGAGAGAAUGAAUAUUAAAUGCAUGUUGAAAAUAAAGACCCCAUGCAUGUAUAAAUAGGGGUAUGGUACGAG